AUGAAACUCCCGCUGAAGUUCCGCACUAAAUCAAUGGAGUUAUCUCAUUUUAAAGCACUUGUGGUGUUUGUGUUUGCGGUGUAUGGCAUUCUCAUUCCGCUGUGGUUUGCAUUUCACGGCAACAAACUGCUGGAUAGCAACGACCAAUGGAGAACGAUGGUAAUUUCUUCGACUCGUAUCGCUCGCUCGCAAAUGAAAGAAAAUGGCUACUUUGAUAGAAAAAGGAAACGCGCUUCAAAGUCUGUAAUAAAUAAGAAACAUUCAGGAAAAGUUAUCAAACAUCAUUCGAAACGACCACCGACUCUACCAAAGCCUUUAUACAGUUUAUAUUAUAUGCCUGCAGUGCCGGUACCACCUCAUCCUCGCCACAAAGUCUCUUACUACUCAGGAAGAUUACUUUCUAUGAAAUGGGACCAUAUAUGUUGUCAGAGUAUCAACUGUUUACGAAAGUUCCCGUUGUUUCCACUCCUGCCAAUCAAGAAGAGAUUUAUACGAAGAUUAAGGUUGUCAGAAAAUGGAAAAUUGUAUGGACAGCGUAUUGCUGGGCUAUUAAAACCACCCGAAAGUGGUAGCUAUUCAGUUUACAUGAAAUGCCUGAGUACGUGUGAGUUUUGGUUAAGCGAUAACGAGUAUCCGCUCCGUUCUAAACUACUCAAGAAAAUCGUCCGUGGUCUACCGGUGGAACAUGGUUUAAAAGUCAACAACAGUAGAUCUUUAAUUUUUAAAGUCUCGCUACAAACAGGCCGGGCAUAUUUCAUGGAUGUGUUAUUAACAGUCUACAGGUACACCAAACGCCCUUUUGAGGUGUUAUGGAAACUUCCAAGUCGAGAUACAUUUGUUCCGCUCACAAAGGAAUUUUUCGCGGGAUUUCACAAGAACCCAGAAUCAUUAACUAAUGUGCUUAAACUUUAUGCACAUUCGCCCAGCGUUACGCUCACGCCAUUUUUGGAGUCCAUAGAAGAGCCUGGUGACGAUGAUGACGACUACACUAUUCUUGGCGGGAAAACUGAUUUCAAUAUGAAUUUUACAUUUCUCGAUAACCAAGGACGUCCGAUUUUUGUUAAUUCCAGCUUGGGAUAUCAAAAUUUAUUGAGAUUGCCUUUCAACAAAAGCAGUCGUGAAAAUCCCCCAUCGUUGAAGGAAUGUCCCAACGGACCGCUGUUUUGGGGAAAUAAAUCUCUAAAAAAGUAUGCAGGGGUAUGGAAGACACAUUUCUCCUCGGUGUUUCCAGAGGAUGCAACGGGGCACAUGGUGUGUAUUGGGAACCGUUAUCCCGUGGAUUGCCAAGGGAAUAAAAUGAUGUCACGUGAGACAAUUUCAAAAGUUCUUACCUUCUACAGCAAAGCCCUUGACGGUUCUAAAAUUAGGUGAGUAUCGUAUAUUUCGACUGGAGUUCAUGACAUAUAAUCUAGCUAAGCGGCAUAUAUUGGGUUUUAAUCACUAUACGGCAAAAAACGCCUAGCCCGUUGCUCAACAGGACUGAACAAUGUUUUGCCGCCCACGUUGUUCACACUUGUCAACAAUAUUGAACAAUGUUGUUGAGCCUGAAUCGGGUGUAACAAUGUUGUUCAAUAUUGUUGACAGCUAUGAACAAUGUGGGCAGCAAAACAUUGUUCAAUCCUGUUUUCCAGUAUUGCAUCAACCUGAGCGUUUUUACGCGUGUACUAUAGUAAACUCGUAAUAAUAGAUUUAAACUACGUCACUCCCAUGCAAGCGUGUUGAAAACCAAUUUUGAAAAAGUAGAAAAAAAUGGCUGAAAAGUAAGGUUAUUAUAUCGUUAUGUCCAUUUUUGCCACUUUUCCAUUUUUGAACUGAAAGGGGCAAAAAAUGGAGAAAAAGUAAGGCUAGCUUAACUUUUCGUCCAUUUUUGGCCACCUCAUGAAAAAGGGGGGAAAAUGACACAGAAGCAGGGCUAUAGCCAUAACAUUUCGUCCAUUUUUGGCCCUUUUUCCGAAAACGGGACAAAAAACGUCCAUUUUUUUACAGUCUAGAUAUAGUUCCCUAACCGAUAGGCUUUCAACAACGAGCGAGUGGUCUAGUGGUAAAGACUACAGGUUGUGUUAUGUACCAUUGUGUUUCAAGUCCUACAAAAGUUCAUUCUGCAUGGGUUCGAAAAUGGUUGAAUAUUAAUUCUACAAUCUGGAGAAAAAGGUUAAGGUGAAUAAAGCCCCAUUUACACUACGCUCAAUUUUUGGUACGGCACGGAUAAAAUUGGUACCCGCACCACGUUUUUGGUUCCUGGACUACCUAUAUUUUGAGCCCCGUUUACACUACGCUCGAUUUUUCGUACCGUACCACUUUUUUUGGACUUCACCGACAUGCGACACCGUAGCCAAGACCACCAGACCACCGUGACUGUUGCUUGUGAGCUGGUACUUUUGAUUUCAUUUAACCCUUUAAAGCGCUGUUGCACUAUGCUAUUUGUCUCGCAAUGUUUAUACACUGAAUGUCUUCCUACUGUCAAUUUCUGGCGCCAAACGUUAGCACUCGCGUUUUUUAUACUAUGAUCAUUGCAUGGACAUAUUGCUUGGUGUAACACCCUUGCAAUGCUGAAAUCGUAUUUCUUAACAUUACGAGACACGUUCCGAGAAAAGUUGCUUAGUGUAACAGCGAAAGGAAUGUUGAGCUCAACCGGGAUUUCCAUGGUUUCCUAGCAUAACCAUGGCUUCCUAGCAUACAACAACAGGUUGAGUCCAUGCACUACACCAUCUUCGCUGUUGUUUUUCACCUCUACAAAAAAGUGCAGGUGAAAAACCAGUGAAAUGUGAAAUGCUUGAUUUUAGUGUCGUGAAAUGGGAUUUGUUCUACAGCCGUGAGGCGUGAUUGUUGAUAAAAAUGCUCCGUGAAAUGAGAAUUAAGGAUGCCUGUUUCGUGAACUGUGAUUAUUAUAGUGAUUAUUAUAAUAAACAUGAUACGCGAUAAUCAAAUUUAUAUGAUCUCACUCGAUUGCACAAGAGUAAAAACUUCGAAGGCCUUUCACGAGGUUCCUCACGCUGAGGACACUCAGGACAAGGUUCCUGGCGCUGAGGACAAGGUUCCCGGCGCUGAGGACAAGGUUCCUGGCGCUGAGGCGUUGAGGACAAGGUUCGUGGCGCUGAGGACAAUGUUCCUGGCGCUGAGGACAAGGUUCCUGGCGCUGAGAACAAUGUUCCUGGCGCUGAGGACAAUGUUCCUGGCGGUGAGGACAAGGUUCCUGGCGUUGAGGACAAGGUUCCUGGCGCUGAGGACAAGGUUCCUGGCGCUGAGAACAAUGUUCCUGGCGCUGAGGACAAUGUUCCUGGCGCUGAGGACAAUGUUCCUGGCGUUGAGGAAAAGGUUCCUGGCGUUGAGGAAAAGGUUCCUGGCGUUGAGGAAAAGGUUCCUGGCGCUGAGAACAAUGUUCCUGGCGCUGAGGACAAUGUUCCUGGCGGUGAGGACAAGGUUCCUGGCGCUGAGGACAAGGUUCCUGGCGCUGAGGACAAGGUUCCUGGCGCUGAGGACGAAGUUCCUGGCGCUGAGGACGAGGUUCCUGGCGCUGACGACGAGGUUCCUGCCGCUGAGGACGUGGUUUUUGGCGCUGAGGACGAGGUUCUGGGGGCUGAGGACGAGGUCGCUGGCGCUGAGGACGUGGUUCCUGUCGCUGAGGACGUCGUUCCUGACGCUGACGACAAGGUUCCUCACGCUGAGGACAAGGUUCCUCACGCUGAGGACAAG